UAGAGGCGAGGUCACACCUCCAACUCAGAGUUAGUCAGAGGCUUUCAGAGAAAACUAGACCAGCACCAUUACAGGCAGCAAUUCAAACACUUUCUGUUAAACCUUCUCUGGAACUGGAAAGUCUCUGACAAGUUUGAACUAAGCAACCUGAGGGAGAAUUAGUGUUAACUUGUUGGGUGCAUCCACAUUCCAUUCUGUGGAAGAGAGACCAGUCCGACUUGUUUAAAUUCGACUUAUUAAGUUCGUCCAAUUACAAGCAAAAGGAAAAAGUGGAUCGGCAUUGAAUUCAGCCACCCUCAUGGUCCUAAAGGAGUUAUUCAAGUUGGUGCCCUUCUUGCUGAGUGUCUGCAUUUACUUCGUGCUGGUGCCACAAUCGUCCUGUCCGAUAUGGCUGAAAGCUUUUCUGAAAUGCUCGCCAAUCCUGUUCCUGUGCAUGUAUAUAUUGACCCUUGGAAAACAUGUGUCCACACACUCCAAGGCUCCAAAGCUCCUUGCUGGCCUCCUACUUUCAGCAGCUGGAGAUAUUUUCCGCACACUGUCUGCACACCAGUACCACGUUCACGGUGACUCCUUGUUUGGCCUCGCACACGUCUGUUACAUCUGGAUGUUUGGUUUGAAGCCUUUCAACUUGCUGGCAGCCUUUUUUCUGGUGAUUAUAGGCACCAUGUAUUUGCUGUUCCUUAGCAGGUGUCUCUGGGAUGAAAACCUCCAGCCCCUUCAGUGGGCAGCCUGCAUCCACAUCAGUCUAAUAAGCACUGUGGCCUGGCGUGCCAGUGCCGAGACACUCUUCCAUCAGCACUGGUCCUGGGUCAAGCUGUUUGCCACUAUCGGAGGAAUGCUUCUUCUCGUUUCUGAUUUCACCUAUGCUGUCAGUGCGUUCUGCUUUCCUGUGUAUAACUCGGAAAUGAUUGUAGCCACCUAUUAUGUGGCCCAGAUGCUCAUCACAGUCUCAGCCGUAAACUCUGGGAAUACAGUUGUUAAAAACAGAAAAUAAAGCAUCUUUACCGUCGUGUCACACUGUAAGGCAGCUGAGGAUGUCACUCUGCAGUUGAUGCUAUAUUGAGGUAACAGUAGAAUGGAAACAAAUCCUGUUAUUUUUUUUCAUUGAUGCAAAGACACAAUCACUCUUCUCCUUGUGUCUCCUCUUGCCUCGAAUCAAAUCUAUAAAACA